AUGUCCUCCGACUCGGAACAGAUCCCUCUCCUCGAGCGCGUCGAGAUGCCCGAGCUUCCCACCGUACCCAAGGAAGCCCAGCGCGACAUCGCCCUGCUGGAGCGCGAGUUCCUCGAUGCCGAGGUGCGCAUGCUCCGCGAAGCCGUGCCGGCGAUGCGGCCACUGUACGCGCGGCGCAACGCCCUCGUGGCGUCCAAGCUGCAGCACGUCGACUUCUGGCCGCGGGUGUUUGCCAACUCGCCGGCGGACAUCGACGAGUACGUGCGGCCGGCCGACGCGCAGAUCAUCAGCGCGUGCCUCAAGAACAUCACGCUCGACCGCUUCGAGGUCGACGAGCACGGCCAGGGCGAGCCGCGCACGGUGCGCUUCACGUUCGAGUUCGACGCCGGCGAGAACAACCUCUGGUUUGAAGACGAGAAGCUGGUGAAGGAGUUCCACUGGCGCAAGGAGGUCACCAAGACGGUCGGCGGCAAGACCCGCGUCUGGGAAGGCCUGGUGUCCGAGCCCGUGCGGAUCCGCUGGAAGCCCGGCAUGGAUCCGACCGACGGCCUGCUGGACGCCGCCUGCGACCUGGCCGAUGCGGAGAAGGCGCUGGUGCAGAAGGCCGGCAAGGCCAAGGUGUCGAACGAGGACCGGCUCGGGCUCAAGGAGUACGAGGCGCUGGUGGCGCAGGUCGCGAAGAUCGAGGAGGCCGAGGUGGCCAACGAGGGCGAGGCCGACGACGACGACAUCGACGGCGAGAACAGCCCCGCGGGUCUCAGUUUCUUUGCCUGGUUUGGAUACCGCGGGCGCGAUGUGUCGGCGCAGGACUCGGCGCGGUUCGUGGCCGAGGACGACGAGCGCUGGGCCCGGAUCGUUCGUGGCGAGGAGGAGUAUGAGGACGACGACGAGGAUGACGAUGAUGUCGAGGAGGAUACGCUGGAGGAGGCGGAGAUUUUCCCCGAUGGAGAGUCGCUGGCCGUGUCGCUGGGUGAGGAUCUUUGGCCCAAUGCGCUGAAGUAUUAUGUCCAGUCAUAUGAUGUUAUUCCCGAUUUCGACUCCGAUAUCGACCUUGAGGACCUCGAGGACGACGAGGAGGAGGGCAAUGGCAAUGCCGGUGAGGGCCACGACGACGAUGAAUCUGCUGAGGAGGAACGGCCUCGCAAAAAGGUCAAGGCGUGA